AUGCUUAAGAAAAAAACAUCUGGGACAUCAACUAAAUACAUUUUUGAAUGUGAUGGUUGUAGUAAAAAAUUUUCAACAAAAGACAUUCUCGCCAAACACAUUUCAUACAGUCAUAAGACGCAAAAGAACUCAGACAGCACUGCAGUUCGGACACAAGUAGUACUAACUCCAGUACCACAACAAACAGAAAUAUUUAAUUGUGAUAUUUGUGAAUUUAAAACAUCUCAAAAACGUUCCAUGUUGGCACAUCUUAAAGCGCACGUCGCUAAACAAAUGUACUGUUGUAAUAAUUGUGAAUAUAAAUGUAUUAGAAAAAUUCGGACACAAGUAGAACAAGCUCCAGUACCACAACAAACAGAAAUAUUUAAUUGUGAUAUUUGCGAAUUUAAAACAUCUCAAAAACGUUCCAUUUUGGCACAUCUUAAAGUGCACGUCGCUAAACAAAUGUACUGUUGUAAUAAUUGUGAAUAUAAAUGUAUUAGAAAAAUAAAUAUGCCUUUAACAGCCGCCGAAAGGCAGAGGAGAUAUAAAGAAAAACUCAAACUGAAUUCUGAAAAGUACGAAGAAUAUAAAACAAAAAAGCGGGUGAAUUAUCAUACAAAAAAGAGACUUAUUAAAGAUUUAACACCACAAGAGAAAUAUAAUGCAAGAACAAUUUGGAGACUUAGGAAGAAAAAUUUAAGACAGAACAGGAAAAAUUUAAAUCACCUUCUUGAUAUAACACCUCCGAGUUCUUCUUCUAUAUUGAUAGCUGGAGCAGAUGCUAUGAUAGCACAUGAUGCUUUUCAAAAUUCACCGCAUCAAAACGAUGACGAUACGGAUAUAUCUGGUAUUAACAGUCCGCAAAAUAUGCUCCUAGAUAAAAAUGUAUCAAGGAAAAGUAGAGGACAACAGAAAAUUAGGAGAGAUCGAUCAAAAUUAUAUAGGGAAAAUUUAAAGUUGCGGGAAGAAAAUGAAAAGCUAAAACAGAAAUACGAAAAAUACAAAAAACGUUGCCAAAGAAACAAACAUGAAACAAUGGAAAAAGACAAUGCUGAUAAAACGACAAAGUACAUUAAGCUAUCCGGUGCUAUCAAAGAAAGGUACCAAAAAACAAAGAAACAUAAAGAUAAGAAAAUACUGAAAGACAUAUUUGAAUGUAUUGAUGACUGUGAAAAAAAAGUAAUGGUUGAAGAAUCUCUGGGAAUAACCGGAAAAAUAAGGACUAGUUUGAAAGUAAAAUCGAAUACAACAGAACUAAUGAAAAUAGUUGAAACCUUUUACCUGAGAGAUGUUUCAAGACCCACAGCUGGUAAAAAGGAAACGAUUACACGGCAGGGCCAAAAACUGCAAAAAAGGUUCCUUUUGGAGACAAUGAAAAAUCUUUAUAAAACAUUUAAAGCAGAAAAUCCGAAUACAAAGUGUUCAUACUACUACUUUACAAAAAACAAACCUUUUUAUGUUGUAAAACCUUCUGUAAGUGGACGCGAAAUGUGUUUAUGCAAAAUGCAUACCAAUCCCGUGUAUAAGGCCAGGGCAUUAAAAAACAAGGGCAUUAUUAACAACGACAGCAUGAGUCACCUUAUUGCCGCUACAGUUUGCAAUCCCAAAGAACAAGCCUGUAUGUAUGGAACUUGCAAUCAAUGCUGCAGUUUCAAAAUUAGUUCUGAUGUUGAUAAAGAUACUGAUAAAAUUCAAUGGAAAGAGUGGGUAAGAGUUGAAGAAGCAUAUGAAAAAGAUGGAAAGAGAUUUAAAGCAUUUAAAAAUAUUAAAAAAGAUAAGGAAGGAACUUCUAAAGCGUUGUUAGCCGCAUUUAAUGAAGAACUGAAAUUAUUAAAGAAACAUGUUUACAAUAUGAAAGUUCAAUUUAUAAACUUCAGACAGGCCAUUGAAAAUUUACAACAGACGGAAGUGGUCAUUGUGGCUGACUUUAGUGAAAAUUACUGUUUGUCAUCAAACACAAAUCAUCAACCUGCAGCUAUAUGGGCACAUUUGAGUCCUGUACUAAAGGAUAUUAGAAGCUCGUACCCCGACAUUUCCACUGUUCAUUUCUUCACAGAUGGUCCCUUUAGUCAAUACCGGCAAAAACAGAACUUUUAUCUUGGCUCAACUGCAUUAUUUGACCAUGGGUUCAAAGCCAUGACUUGGUCAUUUUUUGAAGCUGGUCAUGGAAAGGGGCCAGCAGAUGGCAUUGGGGGAUAUUUAAAAAGAUCAGCAGAUGAUUUGGUCGCCAGAGGUAAAGACAUUUCAUGCACGGACAAUUUUUAUUAUGUAUUGAAAGAUGUUAGCAAAAUAAAGCUUUACUUAAUUGCAUCAAAGGACAUAGAAGCCAUCGCAAAACAACUGCCAUCUAAAAUCCAGCCCCUGCCAGGUACAAAAAAUGUUCACCAAAUAUUUACCACUGGUCGAGGACAACUUAAAUAUAGAAUACUUAGCUGUUUUUGUAGCAGAGGUUUUUGUGAAUGCUUAGCACCAAAAGCAUACAGGUCUGUUCCACUUGUAACAGAAAUUGUGACAACCGACCGUGACAACAAUCAAGCUGAAGUUGAAGCAGUAAACGCUAAAAAUAACGGGGUUGUUUCUGGAUCGUACGCUAACGAGAAAAGCGUUGAUAAGAAUAUGCCGUGCAGCUCCAAAACUUGUGAGGUCCCUAUAAGCUCCGAGGAAGACUUACCUUUAAGCCACUACAAAGUUUCUGCGGAGAAAUCCCCUCUUAAAGAAAUUGAGUUGAUUGAAUUAAGCCAAGCUCACAACAAGAAUUGGUAUCAAUUUGUUUAUAAAACACCUGAAACUUCUGAUGAUGAGCCAGUUAUGACAUCUCUAAAACCAAAAAGUUCAACUGCCCAACUUAAUAAAAACAAAGGGAACCAGGAAGUGCGACAGGGGGACUUUUUAUUAGUAAACGUUCAUGCCACAAAAGGUAAGCUUUUUAAAUAUGCUUGUGUAGUUGAUGAUUUGCACGAAGAUGGCGAGAUCAGAGUUACAUUUUUACGUUCUGUGAACAAGAAAAACACAUUUCGUCUCGAAAAGAGUGACGUAGCUGACAUCGACUACACUGACAUAAUAGAAAUUCUAGCUGAACCUAUAAUUACUACCAAAAGAGGCCAACAGUAUUACAUAUUCGAAUAUGAUGUACACGUUUUAGAAAAGUGA